UCGACAACAUUCAAAAUGGACCCAACAACAGCAAGAACAACAACAACAGAUGACGACUACAUAACCGUUGUUGAAGUCGACGAUCCCACAUCGUCCACCAAAGACACAAACCAUUUGAAGAAGCUAGUCAAACGGCAGAGUUCUGUGGCCGAAGACUCCUCAUUCAUCACAGUGCUGACUAUUAAUGAGCAGCAACAGCGACUCCAACAACAGCAGCAGCAGCAGCAGCAACAUCAACAACAACAACAAGAGCAACAGCAACAGCCGGAGGAGAAGGAGGAAAUGGAGCAUGUUACGGUUUACCGUCUGCCUGGUGAGCGUUUAGGCUUUGGCUUGAGGUUUCAGGGCGGCACCCGAAAUACAGAGUUGGUGCAAAAGUUGUAUAUACAAUCCUGUGCCAGCGACAGUCCCGCCUCCAAAGUGGCCACCAGUUGGGGUCAUUUGCGAGAAGGUGAUGAGAUUCUGAGCAUUGAUGAGCGGAAAGUUUCGCAGAUGACGCGCAUUGAUUGUGUGCGUUGUCUCAAGGAUAAUGUGGCAAUUAAGCUGAUUGUUCGUAAUGGACAUGGCCAGAAGCCGCCCAGUGAGGAGGAGCAACCCAUGGAGGUAUCCAUCUCACUGAAUGCACAACCACCGCCACCGCCUCCAGUGCCACCACGCAAGCUGGUGAAGCGACAGAACUCUAAGGAGGGUCCAUCAACAGUACAACUUGUCAUAGAGAAGCCUCUGACGCCACCGCCCGAUGCCGAGUACUACAUCAAUCUGUUUGCCGAAUCUCUGAAAGCGGGCUCCGAGUCGGACGACACAGCGAGCACAAUUUCUACAGUCAUUGAUAAGCUCUCGAUGGGCUCCAAUUACUCCUCCGACACGGAGCUAACCAGUAGUCUUAAUGGUCAGGAAUUGGCCAAGUUGGUGAAACCUUUUACCCUGCUUGAGCAGGAGUUUCAACUGGAGCAGCCACUGGGACAGCCCAAGUUGAUCAUACCAGGAAACAACUAUGAGAAUGUGGAGUUCAAGACGGAGAAAGUCAAUGUCUAUGAAAAUGUGGAACUGAAGAGUCCGCUGGGAACUCCAACGCCAAAACCACGUGUGUUGCUGGCCACCGUGGAGCCCAAGAAGCGUUCCAUAAUUCCAAUGCCGCGGAAGAUUGCUACGCCUAGUAAGUUGCCCAUUGAAGUGGCACCUCCUAGAGUUCCCAUGGAUGCACCCACAACGCCCACCAACGAGACUGUUAAUCCAGAGUCACCCAAAACGCCCACAAAUGAAUCAACCAAGGAUGUUAAGGAGGUGAAGGACGUUCGGGAGAUUAGGGAGUUUAGCACAAAGAUACCUAAGGCCAAAGUCACAGUCAGUCCUGGCUUUUCGCGCGCUAAAACUGAAGGAGAGAUUAAGCUGCAUCUUCAGCCCAUUAAGCAACAGUCACCGCAGCUGAAAUCUCGCAUUCCCGUUGUAACCACUCCAGUUCAGAAGUCGCCUGCUCCUUCCAAGUCAACGAUAGCUUCAUCCUCGCCGCCCCCAACCAGCUCCAACAUUCCUCGUCUGCUGCAAAAGCAAAAGUCUGAAACGGAUCUGAAGUUGGGCUUCUAUCGCAGCAAGUCCAAGGAGUCUAGUCCCAGUCCUGGACAAUUAAGAGCUCCACUGCAGCGCGCCAACUCAGCUGAGGCUCCAGCCAGGACUCCCGAUCGCACGUUCAUACCCGUGCUGCUCAAUAGCAACUCCAGGAGCAGCUCCAACUCCACAGAGUCCCUCAGCUCAAUUUGCAGUAACGGCAGCAACGGUCGCUCCCCCAAGGGUCCAAAACCUAAGCCGCCGGAGCGUGUGCAGUCGCUGCAAAAGACGCACAUACCUAAGCUGCAAAUAUUGCCAACGACGCCUCCACAGCAGCAGCCCAAGCUAAGCAUGCAGACCUUCAAGCAGAUCUCCAGUAACACACCCCCAUCCACGCCCAGGACAACGCCAGUGAACACUCCAUCGCCCACCAGCAACCGGGAAAUCCGCUUCAAGAUUCAAACAUACGAGAACAAAGCGCAGGAUGAGGACAAGCUUCCAAGUCUCUUUGAUUUGGUUCACAAGCAGGACGCAACAGAGAAGCAGGAGACCUCUCCAAAGCCCCAACGGGAUAUUGCCGCUCUACUUGCUGCUGCUGCUGCUGAUGCUGCGGAUCUUUCCCGAGAAUCCCCUCCGCCUUUGGUUGUGGGCAAGUGUAUGAAGGUUGCCGAUGAUAAUCAAAACACCACCUGCUACUCUAGCUCCAGCAGCGAUGAAGAUGACAACGAACAGGAUGAUGUGGACGCUGCCGAACGAGAGUAUAUUUGUGAGGACGGAGAGAAGCUUGGACCGCCAGAACUAAUCAAUGGUCCGGGUCCCUCAGAGGCCUAUUUUAACAUGUAUUGGCAUUCGAACAUGCUGCCCACCAUUGGAGAGGUUGAGGAGGAGUUCUCCUCUCUGGAACCACAAUCUUUGACCCAUGGCCCCCCCGGUGCGAUUGUGGAGGAGUUGAAGAAGUUACCGCAGUACGUGCAACCGACGAAGGUGCCAGCAAGCACAGUCAAAAUGGAAGUUAAUACAGAUACGGUUCAGUCUCAAUUGAAGAGCGACGAUAAGAUAGUUGUCCAUGAUGUAGCUGACCAAACAGCUGACCCAAUCGUCGAGAGUAGCACCGCUAGCACCACAACGAACCACAGCGAAACGAGCAGCACAAAGGAAACCAGCGAAAGCAAUCAGAGUUCCACGCAAACCCAACGUACGAUAACCACAAAGGUGAUCACCACCAAGACAAGUAGCAGCAGUAGUAGCAGCAGCAGCUCCUCCUCUAUCUUCAAGAGCCCCACAGCGGACAUUGCCUUCAAGCUGCAACCCUAUGAAAAUCGUGAGGAUCAUGAGGAGCAGACGAAACCGAGCGCAACGACAACGACCAUACAUGAGGAACGUCGCGUGGUUAGUGAGCAGCAAGUCCUUAGCGAACUGCGGACCAAGGAUGCCUUAACCGGGGAGGAACAGCUGCUGACCAGCGCCGAGUCCAAGUCAAGCAGUGCGCGCUUCAAGAAGAUCAGCAGUAACGACAAUCUGCUCGACCUGGCCGAUGUCGAGCAGCUGCAGCCGUUGACUGCCACCGUCUCAGCGGAGACGCGACUAACGGAGCGCCUGGAUAAUCCACAGGAUAAACAGAGUAUUGAAACGGGUAUUUUGACCUUAUCCGAAUGUGGCAAACAGCUGCAGCUGUCCGAGAAUGGAGGCAUCAGCUACACUGAGUGCGAAUCGACCGAACAACAGUCCUAUUUAGAGGGACAACAGAUCCUCAGCGAUGAGCCCGUCGAUGUCAAUGCCGAGCCCACCUUGGAGCGGGAACUCAGCGAAACUCUAACUGUUAGCAAGGAUGGGGAGAAGCAGGUGACCAAACGUCUCGAACAGAGCAAGGACACAACCAAUAAGAAGGGUCCUAAGUUGCUCAAGAAGACGGACGAAGAACGUCGUCUCGAGCAGGAGGCACAAAAGCUCAUCGAGAGCUAUCAGAAGGUCAAGAAGGAGGCGGAAAAGUUGUACAAUCUUGAGUUGGCCGAUGAUGAGCAAGGCUUUGAUUUGAGCGCCUUUGAACAGGUUGAAAGCCACGUCGAGCAGAAGGUUGAAGCUAAAGUGGAGCAACGACUGGAGGAAACUCUAGUUAAGGAAAUUGAAGAGGAAGUGAAGGAGUUAGAAAAUGCUAUUAAACCUGUUAAGGAAAUUGUGGAGCAGGUUAAGGAGUUGGAUAAAGAGGUAGAACCUGUUAAGGAAAUUGUGGAGGAGGUUAAGGAGUUGGUUAAAGAGGUAGAACCUGUUAAGGAAAUUGUGGAGGAGGUGAAGGAGUUGGUUAAAGAGGUAGAACCUGUUAAGGAAAAUGUGGAGGAGGUGAAGGAGUUGGUUAAAGAGCUAGAACCUGUUAAGGAAGUUGCCAUGGAGGUGCAGGAGGUCGUAGAGUUGGUUGCCCUACCAACUGUAGAAGAUGAUCUGGGUUAUGUGCUACACAAAAAUAUCAUUGAUGCACCCAAGUCGGAAGAAGUCAGUCCUAUAGCUGAGGUGCCCAAAGCGAAACCUCCAGUGCCCAACAAGAAACCCAAAGUCACCCCUGCUGUUAUCAAGCCCAAGACAGCUCCUCCCCCAGUGCCAAGCAAGCGCAGCGAGUUGGGAUUGAGUGCAAAACCGACGCCCACUCAACGACGCAGCAGCCUGGAGCUGACGCCACCUAAGCCCCUAGAGCGUAUCAUUGUUGGUGUCGAACAGACUGAGCCAAGUCCAAUUAUCACCUUGGCCAGCGUCGAUCUGCCCAACGUAGUUCCAGCUGCGUCUCCUACUGCCGCCAUCAAAUCAAAUGCCGAUGACAAUCUUGUCGCCCAAGCUGUGGACCUCCUGCAGGAUAAGCUGCACUUUGAGAGCCAUCAGCUGCCGAAUGCCGAAAAACAGCGACAGGUGGAGGGUGAGGUGGGCAUAGAGAAGCAGCAGGGAAAGAGUCUGGAUCAAGUCAAUGGUGGCAUAUUGAGCACCAGCUCAUCGAUGACAUCAACAGCUUCGUCAUCGUCAGCGACGACGCCCAUAACAACGCCAAUUUUGGUAUCGGCAACGUCAUCACUAGAUUCGGUCAAAAGCGUCAUCGAGGUCAUCAAUGGGCAUGCCACUGACAGCAUUGAAAAUCCCCACAGCAACAACAACAACAAAAGCAACGCUAACAUAACCAACAACAACAACAACUGCCUGAACGUAGCAGGCGUCACAGUUGCUGAGACACCUAACGAGGAGGCGGACGAUGUGCAGGAUGUGUCAACACUGGCGUUUGAUAGAGAACACGAAACAGAUCUUGGUACCCUAAACAACCACAACAACAACAACAACAACAGCAACAGCACAAUCGUUAAUGCAACAACAGUAACAACUGGAAUUAAUAGCAAGAAGAGCUUCUCAGCCCCGACAACGAGCACGACAUCGACGAAGACUUCGAAUCCGACCUCAAAUCCAACUUUGAGCUUGCAGCAGAAGCACAACAACAAAAUGGAGCUGCUGAGCAGCCCAACAACAACAGGUACAGCAACAGCAACAACAGCAGGAACAGCAACAACAGCAACAGGUGUAAAUCAUCAUCAGACAACAAAGCAGCUGCUAGUACAGGAUUAUCUUAACUACGCCUCCCCGCCAACAUAUUCCCGUCUUCCCCCCGAUGGCCAUGAGUUUCCUCCCAACUUCAGUGAGCCUUUGAUUAUGCAUCCCUCGCAGUCGCAUCCCUUGCUCCUCAAGGCAGGCAACAAAUCGGAGCUUGGCUUCGAGAACAACCACAACAACAACAACAAAUUGGAGACUGCUCCGCCAUUGCCCAAAACAGGACCUCCUCCAACAGUGCCUAGGAAGGUUUAUCGCCAGGAUUUGGUCAUCAAUGUGGAGGAUGCACGUCAUGCGUCACGUGCAAUGGACAUGACAACAGCAACAGCGCCAUCUAGUGGCCGUGAUUACAAACGUUCCUCGAGCGCCAAUGCGCCACGUAAACCGAGCGAUUGGCGCAAGGAUGAAAAGUCGGAGAAAUCGGUGCGCGACAAGAUUGCCAUGUUCUCCUCCAGCAACGAACUGGACACCAUUGCACCGCCCACGCCCACUCCCACUGUCUCCGCCUCCGCAUCGAGCUUCUCCCGCAAGCCGCUCAACAUGAGCAGCGAGAAUCUGCUGGAAGCCGCCUCCUCAACGCCACCGCCGUCGCUGAAGACGCGUGCGAUGAGCGUGGAGAAUCUGAAUGAUGCACAGCGUCAGUAUCAGCUGGCCAAGCAGUUGCCACAGUUGCAUGUCGCCGAUUCCAUGUACUCGCUGCAUACACUGACCACGCCCACUAGCAAUUACAGUUACGCCUCCCUGCCGCGCCGCACUCAUGGAAUGGCGUCCGCCUCCGCCUCUGCCUCGGCUGUGGAGCGUCGCAUCAGUUUCUCGGGCGAGGGUGAUGCGGCGACUCGGAAGGCGGCCAUUACCAACAUUUUGGAGCAGAGGCGUCGCAGUCUGUCCAAGCUGCGUGGCUUAGUCAUUCCGGAGAGACCGCAGCUGCUGGAGCCCAUUUUGGACUUGCCGGAGAUUAAAAGCCAGGUGAAGGCGGCCAGUGGUGAAGAUUCCACAGACAGCGGCCUGGGCGAGACACGCCCCCUCAGGCACACCAUCAGCAACAGCACCAACAACAACAACAACACCUUUAACAUUAACCACAACAACAACAUUAGCAGCUAUCGCAGCAUCUUCUCGACAACUCAACGUCGUCCCUUGGAGUCACAGCUGUCGCAGCCGCCGGCAAAGCCGCCGCGCACUUCCCUCGUCAGCCCUGUGACCACGCCCAGCCGCCCAAAUCUUGCCCAGCCCCUGUCGCAGUCGCAGUCGCAGUCCCUGUCGCAGCCGCAGUCACAAUCACAGUUUCUGGGGGAUCAGGAGAGCGAUACGGACUCGGUGUUCUCGAGUACGGCACGUGUGCCGACGCCGCCGGAGAAGUUUGCGUUGACGCGAACUCUCAGCUCGGAGACAAACACAUCGAUAGCCAGCUCCAACACCUCCACAUUGACGUCGGGCUCCUCGGCGGGCUCCCAGGCCAGCUGCAGUUCCCUGGGCAGCACACCCACCGUUGACCUCACCCGACGUGUCCUCAAGUGCCAGCUUAAUGGCUCCGGCAAUGCUAACGGAAGUGAAUUGACCUUGACCAACAGGAAGAGUAUCCUUGCCUCGGCCAAGUGUCGCAGCGCCAAGAGUCGUGGACAGGACAACAACAAUGACAAUGACAACGAUAGCACCGAUGGAGAAGCCUGCGUCCUCAAUGGACGUCGCAUUAAGUCGACCUACAAAUCGCAGCAACAACAGUUGCAGCAUCAUCAACUCCAGGUGAAACAGCUGGUGGUGGAUAAGCUGAUCAAUGUGGCUGCCUAUGUGGAGCUGACCUCGGAUACGGAUGACAGCAGCCGGAGAUCGGAUACGCCGGCCAAGAUCAGUGCCAUGUUCAUUGAUGAGGAGCGCAAGGCGAGCUUCAAGGCGGAUCCCACGCAACGGGCCAAGCUGCAAUUGGUCCAGGCCAAGCCAGUGAUCAGCCCGUUGGCCCAACGCACCCAAACGCCAAAGUUGGCCAGCAGCACCGCCAACAAGUCGCAGACCACCGCCGAGUUGCGUGAGAAAUUCGAACGGACCGCUGCCGCUGCCGCCGCUGCAGCUGCUGCGGCACAAACUCCACCCGUGCACAAGGCAAUUGCCACAGUUGUGACAGUUGCCACAAAGCCGCAUCAUGAACGCUUUAGUUCAUUAGAUUCGCUGGCUUCCAGCUCAUCGGGUGUUAGUUCCACCACACAGAAUGUGAGCACCACACAGGAGACGGCCACGGAAUUUGGAAGCUUCUCAUCGCUGGGCAGCAAUCAGAGCUUGAUAACCGCACAGGAUGUUCAGCAGAUUGUCGAGGAGGCAGAUCCACCAUUAAAGACGCCCGAGGCAUUCAUAAUUGUGCUGCAGCGGGAUACGCCGGAGAGCAGUAUUGGCAUCACCCUCGCCGGUGGCUCCGACUACGAGGCUAAAGAGAUAACCAUCCACAAAAUCUUGAGCAACACGCCAGCUGCCAAAGAUGGUCGCUUGAAGAAGGGCGAUCGCAUUCUGGCCGUCAAUGGCAUGAGCAUGCGCGGAUUAACCCAUCGGGAGUCCAUCAGCGUGCUAAAGACACCCCGUCCUGAGGUUGUCCUCGUUGUCACACGCUCCGAGUCGCUCAUUAUCAAACCACUGAACAAGAAACGCUCCUCGCUCGGCUCACUCAGUUCGCUGAAUGAGAAGCCCACGGAGUUGGAUUACGAACGCAAGCGCAAUUAUCACAAGGCAUCACGUUCCCUCGAUCUGGAUCUGGACAUUGUGUCCAAUGAGGGCGGUGGCGCCACAGUGGCCAGCAUUCCAAGCACACCCAGUACGGGCACCAGCAGUCCCCAACAACCUGCGAGUCUGUUGGAUGAGGGGAACAGCAAUGAUGCGGAGGCCACCAUAGCGGGCAUCCGUGCCAGACGUCAACUGUCUCGCGGAGAUGCCGCCAAGCUGAGCACCAGUGAGCUGCUGGAGCGUGCUGCAGAGGCACGUCAUGCCAUUGCUGCUGAAAUACGUGCUCAAGCGGAGGAUGCUGCUUCAGGAGGCGGUGCACGCUCUGUGGAAAUUGUCAAGGACAGCUGUGGAUUGGGCUUCUCCAUCGAGGGAGGUUUUGACUCGCCAAUGGGCAAUCGUCCGCUGAUUGUUAAGAAGGUUUUUAUGGGCGGCGCUGCCCAGAAGACCAAUCAGGUGCGAAAUGGCGAUGAGAUCCUCAGCAUCAAUGGUGCAUCCACGGCGCGCAUGACAAGAGUCGAUGCCUGGAACUACAUGAAACAGUUGCCUCUGGGUCCGGUCAAGAUUUUAUUUGCCUGAAGCUAACAAAGAUCAUGAUGAAGAUGAAGAUAAUGCUGAUAUAGAAUGCGCCACAAUUUGUUAGAUUUAAGCUAAAUGAGAAAAAAAAAAUGAAAGAAAUGUUGCAAGGUUUUAUUUUUGCAUUUAGAAAACGAUCUAUACAAUUUUGAUCUUAAUCGUAACAAGUAAUCGUAAUCAACAUAUAUUUAAAUAAUUUAAAGUGCAAUUGCUUAAACUUUUAUCAUUUGAUGCGGUCGCAUUUACCACCGCCCUAAAAAUCUUAUAUAUAUAUAUACAAAUAUCAAUGAAUGUACAUAAAUAUUCUUAUAUCUUAACUAAUUUACAUUAUUUAAAACAUGAAACAUGAUGCGAAGAAAAUUCAGAUUUCCUUAUAAAUAAUAUUGGUAUACAAUUUCUAAAUAUAUCCAGAA